AUGACAGUUUUCGCGGGAAUGCCGAACAUUAAUAAUGCCACCGUCGCCAAUGACGAAUAUGAAGUUAUUGGUGAAACACAAUGGCAAACUUUGGAAAACAGCGGCGACGAACAAACUAUCAAAAUAUACGGCUUCAAACAUUCAAAACUACGCACUGCUUUAUUUCAUACUGUAUGCAUAUUACUUUGUGGGCUACCCUAUUUUGCAUUGGCUUAUUAUCCAUGGUUUAACAAGUUCAAAUACAUAAAAUGCAGUUUGAAAACGGCUGAUGUAAUUUGUGUAACCGAUGCGGAAGGCCUCUUUAAGACAGAACAAGUGCAUGAGAUUGACCUGAACCUAUCCAAUCAUAGAGAUAACCGAUUGCGAUAUUUUAUUUACCAACACAGUCGCUUUAUUUGGCUUUAUGAUUCCGGAAUUUUUAUAAAUGUUCUUGCACUUAAUGAAAAAGUUACUAUUGGUUUGCUAAUGGAAAAUAUAUCUGGUAUUAACAAACGCCAACAAAAUGAAUUGAUGAAACUGUACGGAACCAACUCUGUGGAAGUCGAAGUUAAAAGUUAUUGGACCCUAUUCGUUAAUGAAGUCUUCAAUCCCUUUUAUUUAUUUCAAGUCUUCUCAAUUAUCCUUUGGUCACUGGACGAGUAUUACCAGUAUGCAAGUUGUGUUUUCAUUCUAUCUACUGCAUCGUGUAUGUUGGCGUUAUAUCAAACCAAACAGAUGAGCAUAAACUUACACAAAAUGGCUGGUUCGACAAGUGCGUUCACUGUAACUGUUCUGCGUCCUACUCGCACGGGACGAGAAGAGUGCGUGGUGAAUGCUAGCCGAUUAGUUCCCGGCGACGUGCUCGUUUUACCACCAGACGGUUGCGUUAUGCCCUGUGACGCGAUGCUACUUACUGGAACCUGUAUUGUCAAUGAAAGCAUGCUCACCGGUGAAAGUGUUCCAGUCAUGAAAGGACCACCUUGCGUUUCUCCCGAAAUAUAUUCUACAGAGGGCCAUAAAAGACAUACUCUGUUUGCUGGCACCCAUGUAAUACAAACAAGAUUUUAUGGAAACAAUCAGGUUUUAGCAAAAGUGGUACGCACCGGUUUCUACACGGCUAAGGGAGAGCUGAUUAAAAGUAUACUGUUUCCGAAACCCUUUGAUUUCCAAUUCUAUAAAGAUGCUGUCAAAUUCGUCAUUUUUAUGUUCUUCAUUGCCGCCAUCGGAAUGGGUUAUUCAGUAUGGCUUUAUGUUGUUAGAGGGAGCCAUGUGGGUACUAUAGUUCUUCGAACACUAGAUAUUAUAACAAUUGUGGUACCUCCGGCUCUGCCUGCCGCUAUGACAGCUGGCAUAGUGUACAGCCAGCAGCGACUACGUAAGAAUAAGAUUUUCUGCGUGUCACCUCCGCGUAUUAUAAUAUGUGGAAAACUGCAAGUGAUGUGUUUCGAUAAGACGGGUACUCUGACCGAAGAUGGGUUAGACUUCUAUGCUGUGAUACCGUCACUUACCGAAAAGAAGUUCGGAGAGUGUGUUGUUGAAGUCGGCGCAUUGCCAGUUAGCAGCCCGCUUGUACAAGCCCUUGCAUCCUGUCAUUCCCUUACUAGCAUACAAGGUGAACUAAAGGGUGAUCCUUUAGACUUAAAGAUGUUCGAAUUUACGCAAUGGGUGCUGGAGGAGCCAGGUCCAGAAAAUACUCGUUAUGACAACUUAACACCAGCCAUUGUUAAACCUAAGCCUGCUCAAGGAGAAGAUUUGCAGAAUUUGGAUAAUUAUGAUCCUUUUACGAUGGAAAUUCCAUAUGAGGUUGGUCUGCUACGAAGGUUCCACUUUUCUUCUUCACAGCAAUCCAUGGGUGUUAUAGCGAGAGUACUUGGACAACCGCAAAUGGUUUACUUUGUGAAAGGGGCUCCCGAAAAGGUGGCCGGUAUGUGCAAUCCAGACACUUUACCAGAAAAUUUCAGUUCAGUUCUCAACGAGUACACAUCAAACGGUUUCCGUGUGAUAGGGCUCGCCCACAAAAAACUAGAUCGUAAGAUGAAAUGGGUCGACGCUCAAAGGAUUAAAAGAGAGACUCUUGAGUGUGAGAUGGUAUUCCUAGGCUUUCUAGUCAUGCAAAAUAGUCUGAAACCAGAAACGACCCAAGUAAUUAAGGAGCUCCAUGAUGCUAAUAUGAGGCUGAUAAUGGUCACAGGUGAUAAUAUAAUGACGGCAAUGUCAGUAGGACGAGGCUGUUCCAUGGUGCAGCCGCAUCAGAAACUUGUUCUAAUAACUGUGGGACAACAACAAACCACUGAUUCACGACCCCCCUUAUGUAUGGAAGUUGUAGGUGAAGGGUGUCCUCCUAAAUUAUCGAUAGAUGCUUAUGUACUCGCAUUAGAAGGCAAAACUUGGGCUGUGAUACGUACUCAUUAUCCGGAAUGGAUGCCAGCUAUUUUAAGCAGAGGAAUGAUAUUCGGUCGCUUUGGACCGGACCAGAAAACUCAAUUGGUGACCGCCCUGCAGGGCGAGGAGCUCAUAGUGGGCAUGUGCGGGGACGGCGCUAACGACUGCGGGGCGCUCAAAGCGGCGCACGUUGGAAUAUCUCUUUCUGAGGCAGAUGCAUCAGUGGCGGCUCCAUUCACCUCUCAAGAGCAGAAUAUUCGAUGUGUAAAGCUACUCGCUUUAGAAGGUCGCUGUGCUCUUAGCACCUCUUUUGCAAUCUUCAAGUACAUGGCGCUUUACUCCCUCAUCCAAUUCUUUUCCAUCCUUAUACUUUACAACUUCUACUCGAUCCUGGGCAACAACCAGUUUCUGUACAUCGACCUGGUGCUGACGACGCUACUGGCGCUGUCGCUAGGGCGCGCGGGCCCGGGCCCGGCGCUGACGCGCCAGUCGCCGCCCGUGUCGCUCGUGGCGCUCGCCUCCAUCCUGCCGCUCGUCAUGCAGGUCUCGCUCGUGCUGUUCAUGCAGAUAGCCGCCGUCUACUUGCUCUACGAACAGACUUGGUUCAAGCCUACACAAGCAGAACAAAUACUUAAAUGGGAGAACACGGUCAUAUUCAUAGUUACCGCAUUCCAGUACUUAAUUAUGGCUUGUGUUUAUGCAAAGGGCUGGCCCUUCCGUCAACCGUUUUGUGCUAAUUAUUACAUGGUGAUAACACUAUUCACCCAAGCAGUAUUUGUAAUCAUUCUUUUACUGUGUCCGUGGGAUGGGCUUGCAAAUUAUAUGGAAGUUGAAGUCAUGAAGACAACGGAUAAAGACCAAACUAUGUUCCGCAUAUAUCUGUUACUCAUACCCGUGCUGCAUCUAAUACUGGCUAUAGGCAUCGAGGCAUCGCUCUCGAACUCGGAGAAGUUUUCUCGUGUGGCGCGAAUAGUCCGUCGCCGCUGCGGCAAGAAGGAGGAGGCGGGCGGCGACGCGGCGCGGCCGCUGUGGCCGCCGCACGACCGCGCGCUGGCUUGCUGA